AUGGCGGAGGUGGCGGAGGAUCCGCGCAGCGCAGCGGGAGGCGCGGCAGCGGCGGGGAUGCUGCGCGAUGCGCGGACGCCGCCGAAAUCGUGGUCGGAUCUCGAGCCGCCGACGGCGUGGUGGGCGAAUCCGUUCGCGCUGCGCGUGGGGCAGGUGUUCACGGGAUUCGGCGUGGGAUGCGGCGUGGGUAUCGGCGUUGGGCGGCCCGUGAACCUGGGUGCGUUGCCAGCAGCAGGGGCGGUGGCAUCAAUGGCGGGUGAUUUUAACCGACUCGCUGCGGGCGCUGCUGCUCCCCUCCGCCCACUCGUGAGUUCCCCUCCCCUCCGCCCACUCCCCUCCCCUGUUGCGUGUAAAUGUGGGCGUGGGACGCAGAGUGAGCUAACCACUCUUCUCCACCCCACCCCUCACUCUCAACCUCCCUACACCUCUCAUCCACUUUUCACUCUCUUCCACCCCUCCUCUCUCCUCUCCCCUGAUUCCCAUUAUGGCAGUUGA